AUGCGAGCGUUUAUCCUCCGCCUCGAAUAUACGAGCUCGGGCUUCAUGGAUCACAACGAACUGCUCCGUCUUGGCAAGUCUCUAGCGCCCGAAGCGAGCACAGAGCGGUUACACUCUUUUGGCGAUUUUGAACCGAAUACUUGGGCCCACAGCAUAUACGGAUCUAGGAUGAAAUGCUUGUCCAGCAUAGAUACUCGCUCCCUCUAUCACAACGCGCCGCAGCCGCAAUCCCGUACAGAUCCUAGCAGAAACCAGGGGUCAACUACCCCAAUCUAUCUCCAUUCCGAAAAUGUGGAGGGCUAUUCAACCAUCAUUGUCCCCGUUCUUCCGACGAUAGCAAGCGAGCUAAAUGGCACUGCUGUUCACGCUUUUUGGGCGGGAACCUCAUUUCUCUUGACCUACGCCGUUUUUCAACCCUUCAUCGCCGUUUUGUCUGAUAUAUUCGGACGCCGGGAAGUGAUGCUAGCCAGCGUCAGCCUUUUUACUACCGGUACAUUAAUCGCAUGUUUAGCCCAGAAUUUCUCCACGCUUUUAGCCGGGCGUUCUAUCCAAGGAGUGGGGGCCGGCGGUGUCUUUGUCCUUGGCUAUGUCAUUCUUACCGACAUUGUCCCUCUCAGGCAGCGUCCGAAGUUCACAGCAAUUAUUCAAAUGGCAUGGGCAGUUGGGACCAUCCUUGGGCCACUUUUUGGCGGCUUAUUUGCUGAACACUCAACAUGGCGAUGGACGCUUCAACGGCAGGAGUCCUCAUUUAUGGAUAAGAUCAAACAAGUUGACUGGAUCGGAGGCACUCUAUUCAUUACAAGUACUACCCUCCCCCUGAUAGCGAUCUCCUGGGGUGGCACUCAAUUUGCAUGGGACCACAUGGCAACUUUCGCUCCCAUGUUAAUCGGUAUAUUUGGACUCCUGUGUACAAUUUGGUACGAGUUCCGCAUAGCGAAUAUUCCCUUUUUGCGAAAGAACAUGUUCUAUUGCCGGUCUGCGAUAGCCGCAUAUAUCUGCUCAUUGAUUCAAGGACUAGAGCUGUACAUUGCGCUUUACUAUAUCCCGCUCUAUUUACAGGCUGUUCAAGGGCUAAGUCCUGUUCGUACUAGAAUCAGCGCCCUACUGGGCAAUAGGGGCAGGAUGGGUUCUCACAACACUUUCAACUGGCCUCCUACUACUGUUGGACGCCAAUACCAAAACACCUGUUUGGGCUACUAUCCUAGUAUUUCUUGGGUUUGGGCAUGGCUUGAUUCUCAGUGCACUCAACCUCGGGGUUCAGGCCAUCUCAACUGUCAACAACGUCGCCCACGCAGUUAUGAUAGCCUAAGCGACGCCGGGCUUCCAACCGAAAUUUCAAAGAACGCAGAGGCGUAUAUCGAAACCCUUCACAAUCUACCCUUAUUUUCACCGUUCAAAUUCAGCGUUAUCGAAUGCUAUGUGAAAGGCAUCCAAGGUGUCUUUGCUGUAAUCACAGGGUUCAGUGGCCUUGCUAUGUUCCUCAGCUUCCUGAUAGCAAGGCACUCUACGGACAAAUAUUUUGUGGCUGAAGAUGAUUCGAUUGAAUAUGAGGGACCUUAUCAAAAUCGAUCAAUGAUGGAGGAACCCAUGUUGGAGAAACUGGCACAUCCAGAAGCAACACACACGGCUAGAUCAAGCGACAGCUAUCCGGGUGUUUUUGAGUUUGAGGGCUAUAAAUCAGCACAAAUUACAUGUAUCUAUCAUGGAUAG